CCAAGAGAGGCCAAACUACUUGUAGAUCUAAUAGCCAUGGCGAAACUCUUGAACCUGUUCUUGGUCCUUGUUUUUGUAGUAGCCAUGUCCAUUGAGGGCACCCAAGCUGCCUGCGGCGAUGGCCUCAAAGACCUAAUUAAAGAAUGCCAGCAAUACGUGAUGCCACCUAAGGACCCAAAGAUCCCUCCUUCAGAUGGUUGCUGCGGUCUGGUAAAAAAGGUGGAUGUUCCAUGCCUGUGCUCCAAGGUCACCAAGGCUAUUGAGGCGAUUGUGUCAAUGGAGAAGGUUGCAUUUGUUGCCGAAAAAUGCGGGAGGCCACUUGAGCAUGGCUACAAGUGCGGAAGCUACACAGUUCCAGCUAAAUGAAUAGACAGCAAGAGGGGAGGUGCUGGAUGUAGUGCUUAGUUCUCAACUGCCUACCUGAUUUACCUUUCUGAAAAAAUGUGCAAUAUGAGGUUGUGUUGAGACUACUGUAAGGUUCGAGAGAGAUAAUGAUGUAUGGAAAAUAUUGUGAUGAGCUAAUAAAGGCUUCUCUUCAAAUUUCCUGAUUGCUAA